AAAAAAAAAAAAAAAAAAAAAAUUCGAGUAUUUUUCAUUUCAGUAAAUUUAAAAAUACGUCAUCAAAAAAAAAAGUAUCAGAUCAAUAACACAUUUUGCAAUCAUCAAUGGACUUUAUGUAUAUUAUUCGUAAUACAAGAAACGUUUAAAAGACAGGACAAUAUAAAAUGUAGAACAAAGGCCUAUUUUUUAUAUCAACAUCAUCUCUAGCUUUGCUUCCCAUAUAUGGCAUUUGAUUUCCUGCAAUUUGAAGGUUUAAAAAGGAACAAGCUGUAAAAUUCUGGUUGUUAUGAUACCACUAAGUUCCUUGACAACGCAUUCUCGAGAUGUCAAGAGAUUUAAAUGCCGAUUUGAUUUCUUUUUUUCUUUUCUUCUUUUUCUUUAGCAUAUUUCAAUCAUUAUGGCUCGAGUUAACAAGUUUUACACAUUUGUCAUUAUGUGUACUGGUAUGGCUGCUGGUAGCACAGCUGUUAAUAAGGUCAUGAAGCCUGACAUGUCUAUUCCCAAAGUUCAACUUCCCAAUAAAUCUGAAUAAACU